CUUCGAUCGGACGCCAUAUCGCCAAAAGACAGUCGACAACUCACCCGACCCCAGCUUGUUCAAUCGAAUGUGAACAGCCCACGUGGAUAGCUUGCCAUCAUGAGCUCCACCAAGUCCUCCCCAGCAUCCCUGUUCCAGGUCUACCUCCGCCUGCGGCCGCCUAUGGCCCAGCAUGUCGAGGAACAGGCCGAGCGAUGCUUGACAGUUGAGCCUCCAGAGACAAAAUUCAUUGUUGAAGAUGACCUCGCAACACCAGCCCCCUUCUCGACUCAUAUCACCCUGCAGCCCCCCUCCGACUCCAGGAAGCGUGCGGUUGAAAGGUUCGGCUUCACCAAGGUGUUUGAAGAGUCGGCUUCCCAGCUGGAUGUCUUCCAUGGCACGGAGCUGGAGUCUAUGGUUCGCGGGGUGCUGCUUGAAGGCAGAGACGGCCUGAUCGCGACGUUGGGAGUGACGGGUAGCGGGAAGAGCCAUACAAUCUUGGGCUCAAAAUUCCAGCGAGGAAUUACACAGAUGAGUCUUGACGUGAUUUUCAGAUCUUUGGCCUCGACAAUCCGACCACCCGACAGUUCCAUCAGCCCCCUUCUUCUGUCCACCGUGGCCGCCUCAGACGUUUCCGAAUCCCAGAUGUUCACAGCGCAGACCUUCCUCGAGGCGGUUUAUGGUGACCCGGCCGACCGUGGAAGGAAUUCGAGAGCCCAAACCCCAAUGAGCACUGGAAGAGCCAACACCCCUAUGACGGAGCCGACACCUGCCAUCAUCUUCCCUCGUCGCAAUAUGCCCCAACGUCCUGGCAAUUCGCCCCGCUCGCCCGAUGUCAGCCACCUUACAAUGGAGCUAAAUCCUCAUUCCGAAUAUGUCGUGCUGGUGUCCAUGUAUGAAGUUUACAAUGACCGCAUCUUCGAUUUGCUGUCGCCUGCUGUAGCACCUGGCCAGGGAAGCGCUAUGUCCCGUCAAGGGGGAAAUGCACAAAAGGAUCGACGAAAGGCACUGUUCUUCAAGUCCACGGAAGGCUCCCCGGAUCGCAAGGUCGUCGCAGGACUGCGCAAGAUUGCGUGCAACACCUACGAAGAAGCGUUGUCAGUGCUUGAGGUUGGCCUUACUGAGCGCAAGGUCACAGGAACUGGUGCCAACAGCGUCAGCUCCCGUAGUCAUGGAUUCUUCUGCUUAGAGGUCAAGAGAAGAAUGCGCAAUAAGAGAACUGGCGAAGAAACGUGGAUCGGCAACACUCUCACAGUGGCUGAUCUUGCGGGUUCCGAGCGCGCGCGAACGGCCAAGACAGCUGGCUCGACUCUGGCCGAGGCCGGCAAGAUCAACGAGAGCUUAAUGUAUCUGGGGCAGUGUCUACAGAUGCAGAGUGACAUUCAAGACGGACACAAGGCGGCUAUGGUUCCGUUCAGGCAAUGCAAGCUUACAGAGCUACUUUUCUCGAAUUCUUUCCCAUCAUCCAACCAGACCUCGGGUCAUAACCGUCACCCACAAAAGGCCAUCAUGAUUGUGACUGCCGACCCCAUGGGUGACUACAAUGCUACCUCACAAAUCCUACGCUACUCGGCAUUGGCUCGCGAAGUUGCCGUGCCUAGAGCCCCCUCGAUUGCCGAAUCUAUCUUGUCUAGCACACUAGGGUCUCGUCAUGGAUCUGCCAGUGGCCGCAAUACCCCCAGCCCGAGCGCGAAUGAAGAGCUCGAGAAAGCGGCCGUAGAGAUCGCGAGACUGACCACCGAGACAGAAUCUCUCGCCGUAAAGCUUGCUGAAGAGGAAAUUCUUCGGGCCGACCUCGAGAUGAGAUUAAAGGCAAGCGAAGAGAGAUGUAUCGUGAUUGAACAAGAGGUGCGCGAGGAAUGCUGGAAUGAGAUGGAUGAGCGAAUGGAGGAGGAGAGAAAGAGAUGGCAGAGUGCCUGGGACCAGCAGGCUGGCUUCAACGACGAGCAUCUGGACAAGAAGAUCGAAAUCGUGUCCCGAGGAUUCCAAAUCCACGAAGAUCCCAAGCCAUCAUCUGAUGAACGGAUCGAAGACCUUGAGUUUGAAAACGACCAGCUUCGCAGCAAAAUCGCCGCUUUAGAGCGCGAGCUGAUGUGUCGAUCUCCUACCAAGGGUUCCAGGUCAAAGAAUACCCUCGGGACGUCUCGCAAUUCCAACAUCCUUGGACGCGAAAGUGACAUCGAGGGCGCACUCAAACGUAUGGAUCAGUUGAAGCUUGCGGACAGCAUGUUCUCUCCAGUCCCCCAGGCCAGUUCCCCGGGAAAGAGGCAGAGAAAGAUGGCAACUCGGAAAUGGGACCUUGCCCCUGAGGAAGACAUCUAAGUCUUCACAGGCAUCUCUCCUCUUUCAUUCUCUUUUGUGAUUUCCGCAGGAUACCUUUAUUGGGCAUGAUCAUGGGGUGUUUUCUUUAUGGACGGAAACGGUGUCUUGGGUGUUUUGGCUGAUUAUUCCGGGGAUACCAUUACUUCAUGUUGAUAAUAAUAAUAAUUUCUAUGGUACAUGCAUGAUUCACACUUGCAU